AUUUUUGUGAGCUUCCAGCUUUACCACAGCGUGGCCAUCUCACAGACAGGUUUUGAGGCUUUCGUUGAGCAUAUGUGAGUUGCUGAAGUAAAGGAACCCUGCAGCCUUCCCAUGCUAUCUGUUGACAUGGAAAACAAGGAAAAUGGCUCUGUCGGUGUAAAAAAUUCCAUGGAGAAUGGGAGGCCGCCAGAUCCUGCAGACUGGGCCGUGAUGGAUGUUGUCAACUAUUUCCGAACAGCAGGAUUUGAGGAGCAAGCUAGUGCUUUUCAGGAGCAGGAAAUUGAUGGAAAAUCCCUGCUAUUGAUGACAAGAAAUGAUGUGUUGACGGGACUUCAGUUAAAACUGGGGCCUGCUCUGAAAAUCUACGAGUAUCAUGUAAAACCUCUGCAGACAAAGCAUCUAAAGAACAACUCUUCAUAGUACAGUCAAAUUGGGGUCUUAGACCUCAAAAAAUACAUAAUGAUAUAAUUUAGUUUCAUGUGAUGAAACUUUGUAAACAGAAUACAUACAUGUGUAUAUGUAAAGAAUUUCAGUCAAAUGAAACGUUAUCCUAUGGGAUAGACUAGGCAAUCCAUCAGCUGACCUGAACUCAGCCAGGAGGAGCAAGGAUGACUUGUGGACAGCAUGGUUUUCCUGGUGGAGCCUGUCAAACAGAGUUAUCUUUGACAUGGUUGGACACCCCUCCCCACCAAAGGGGUUUUCUUCAGAUUGCUUUCCCAAAAUCCUUGAAAAAGUGCUGAAUGGAAUGAUCUUCUGGUUACAGAUGUAGAGAGAUGAAAGACCAGAAAACUUAGGGGAGGGGAGAAAAGAGAGAGAGAUGCUGUCUCCCUUGAGUCCCUCUGCUCCUUAGAGUUUGUGUUAUUUGGAUGGAAUUGCCGACACCCUCUUUUAUAGAGGGUCCUUCACUUGACCUUAUUAAGGUUUCACUGGGAUGUACCGCGAUGUUUGAGAGGAACAUGCAUCAUGGCCCCUGCAGGAGCAGAACCUCUGAAAAGAGACACUCUGUUUUGUCUUGGGGAUCGCCAUCCAUAUUCAGCUUUUUUCACAGGGGAUAAUGAUAUUUUCUGCAUAGAUUUACUUUCAAAUUGGUUCUUUGUUUCCAAAGAAGAAAGGAUUUUUUCACUUUAUGGUUUGUAUUUAUACUGAUUUGUUUCUGAAGGAAUUUGCCGAGAGUUAUAGAUCAAAAAGCCUUGUUACUAGUACAGAAUAUUUUUAUAUAUAUUCCUUCAUGAUGGUGUAAUAUUUUUUUAAUUGCUCUGAUGCUUUGUUUGAUUCUUGGUUUGAGUACUUGUUUUUAAGAACUUGAAAAAAGUGAGCUUGCUACAUCUCUGUUCAAAGAGACAUUUGUUCAAAUCUCUGUGUGUCAAUGCCUUGUUGAAUUGGUGCUUUGUGGUUGCAAUAAAGCAUUGCUUC